AUGGCAAACAUCUUAGGUCUUUUCAAGAUUCCACAGCUCCACUCAUUCCUGCAGAGAAAUUCAUUCAACAACAGUGCUGACGAUGAAAUUACAUUCAAUGAAUAUGGAGAGUUAGCAGCUGGCUUCGAUAUUACAAACUUGGUCACGUUCCGAAAUGGAUCGUAUGUCAGGGUCAAAGUGGGAAGGCUGGAUCCUCAGGCCCCUCCUGGCAAAGAGCUCACCAUUAAUGAGGACCGAAUGAAAUGGCACAGAGACUUCACUCAGUUGCCACCCCUUUCUCUAUGUAAUGCCAACUGCCGUCCUGGUUACGGAAAGAAAAAGAAGGAGGGGGAGAAGUUUUGUUGCUAUGAUUGUGAUCCAUGUCCAGAAGGAAUGAUUUCAAAUGAGAAAGACAUGGAAACCUGUGUCAGUUGCCCAGCAGAUCAAUAUCCAAACAAAGGCCAGGAUCUAUGCAUUCCUAAGAUCCCAAACUUCCUAGCCUUUGAUGAAACCCUGGCCAUUGUUUCAACUUUUUCUACACUUUUAUUCUCUCUGAUCACAAUUCUGGUGCUCGGCAUCUUCAUUAAGCAUCGUGAUACAGCCAUAGUCAAAGCCAACAACAGAAGCCUCACCUAUGGUCUCCUUGUCUCCCUCCUCUUGUGUUUCCUCUCUUCUUUGUUGUUCAUCGGAAAACCUAAUAUGGUGACUUGCCUUCUCCGACAAAAUGCUUUUGGCAUUGUCUUCUCUGUGGCCCUAUCCAGCAUCUUAGCCAAAACCAUAUUGGUGGUUUUGGCAUUCAUGGCUUCCAAACCAGGAACCAAUAUGAGGAAAUGGGUAGGCAAAGAACUGGCUUAUUCCAUUGUCUUUUCCUGCUCCAUUGUUCAAGUAGGGAUCUGUGUCCUCUGGCUGGCAACCUCUCCCCCAUUCCCAGAUGUGGACAUGCACUCAAUGAAGGAAGAAAUCAUAUUUCUUUGUAAUGAAGGGUCAGUCCCCUUGUUCUAUUGUGUUUUGGGCUACAUGGGCUUCCUGGCCACUAUCAGCUUCACGGUGGCCUUCUUAGCCAGGAAGUUGCCUGACACUUUCAAUGAAGCCAAGUUCAUCACCUUCAGCAUGUUGGUCUUCUGCAGUGUUUGGAUCUCCUUCAUUCCCACCUACCUGAGCACCAAAGGAAAAUAUAUGGUGGCUGUGGAGAUCUUCUCCAUCAUUGCUUCUGGUGCUGGGUUACUGGCUUGCAUUUUUUCUCCUAAAUGCUACAUUAUUGUGGUGAGGCCUGACCUGAACAACAGAGAGCAGCUAACACAAAGAAAGUUAUAA